AUUAAAGAUAAUACCACACACAAACGCACACCUCCUCCACACUCCAACACAGUAGGUGGCGAUAAUGCGCCAAAAAGUUGCCAUGCCAUUCACCAACAAUAACCAGAAGAAGAAGAAGAUGAAGCUAUUUGUUUUUUCCCCCCCUCUAGAUAAUGUUAAUCACAUGUAAAUAUAUAUAGUUUUUAACAAAACAAGAAGAUGUCAUCGAUUUAAAUAUAUAAACCUAGUUAAUAUUUGAGCUCUGCUUUAAAAAUCAAGAUUUCAUGUCUGCCCUGUUACCCUCACCAAAAGAAACCUUUUAAAAUAAUGGUACGUUCCAGUGACAUCACUUCCAGGAAGUUACAUCGUCUCUCACCCAGGAUUCCAACAGUGAAAACACAAAUAUCAACAUUAUAGACCUGUUCUAAUGGAAUCAGAGGAGUUCGAACACAGCUCUUUCCUACAGCUGACACACACUCCUGCACACACACCUGCACACACUCCUGCUCCUGCUGGCUCACAGCUAUGCGAAGACGUGCAGAUUUGUAUAACUUCAUACGGAGAGAUAUUAAGCCCCGGGGGACUCGUCACCCACGUGGACCAAGAGGAUGCUGUAAAGCAGGAGGAACCUGAAGAUGAAAACGAUCUCUGUGGAGGAACAUCAAGCCCUGUGAGACACAUCACUAAAAAUCUCCUGAAGAUGCCUGUAAAAAAAGAAGAACCCGAUGAAGACUAUCUCUCUGGAGAAACGUCAAGAGCCGAGACAAACGUCACUCCUGUGGACCAGCAGGCUGAAGAACUUGCGAAUCAUGUAAAAGAAGAAGCUGAAGAAGACGAUUACCCCUGUAGAGGAACAUCGAGCUGUGUGAGACGGGUCAUCGUUGUGGAUGAACACAACAAAGACUUCCUGAAGCGGCCUGUGAAGAAGGAAGAUCAUGAAGAUGACAACUAUCUCUGUACAAUGGAUAUGAGCUUAUUGUAUGGCAAAAGGAAAAAAUCUGAAGUUUCUUUACUGCCGGCAGAUCCAUAUGAAUCUGAGGUAGACAGUAUCAGAGACUCGGAUGACGACGACGACGACAAUGACCAAGAUUUGGUCCCAGAACAAGGGAAGCGGAAAGCGGAAUUAUUUUUGGAGAACUCUCCACCUCGGUCUUCUGGAUGUCCAAAGAAACGGAGGUGCAAGAAUACGCUCCUAGUUGUCCCUUCCGACGCUGAGCUAAGUACCUUGAUGCCUUCGAAAUUGACCGUUGAUCUACCUAGUCCUCAUGACUCCGUCUCUACCAUCUCCCUUCCCUUGACCUCUAAAGGAGAACGAAUAAUCUGGAAUAAGAAAGACAUAUCAUCCUUUGAAGUUCCUGAAUCAGUCUUCCCAACGCCUGAAAAAAUCCUUUCCCCUUAUCAGUAUUUUAAGAUGUUCUUCACAGAUCAGAUGGUGUCGCACAUUGUGGAACAGACAAAUCUUUAUUCAGCUCAGCACAAUGGGUCCUCCCUUAGCAUAAACACAACCUUGCACGAAAUGGAGGAGUUUCUCGCGAUGCUUCUUUUCAUGGGAGUUUUUGCGUUCCCUACUAUCGAUGACUACUGGCACGCUGAUUCUCGCUUUCCCACUGUGGCUGACACAAUGCAUGUGAAGAGAUUCAAGAUCAUUCGCAGGUGGCUCCAUUUCAAUGAUAAUUCCCAGACUAACGGCAGCCCUGACCGCUUCUACAAGGUCAGGCCUCUCUUUGACAUGUUGCGUGAACAGUGUUUGCGUAUUCCAGCCACAAACGCACAAAGCGUCGAUGAAGUCAUGGUGACGUACAAAGGCACCCGAGCUGGCAACCUACGCCAGUACAUCGCAAACAGACCUAACCGGUUUGGUUUUAAAUUGUUUUGCCGGGCUAGCUCAUCAGGAAUCAUCCAUGACUUCCUCCUCUAUCAAGGGAGCACAACCUUCUUCAACAUGACCACAGAUGAUGACAAGAACCUAUUUGGGGCAAAGGUUGUUUCCACGCUCUGCAAAACCAUCAAAGAACCCGAGUCCACUGUUGUCUUCUGUGACAGUUUCUUCACCAGCUAUGCCUUGGUGGAAUCCCUAAAAGACAACCUUGGAGUGAGGUGUGUGGGAGUGGUCUGUGAAAAACACACAGGUGGAGCAAACUUGGAAUCUGACCGUGAUCUUAGGAACAAAGGAUGUGGUGCGUACUCGUUCUGCUCUUCAAAUGGCAUCAUCGCAGUAAAGUGGUUCGACAGCAAGUGCGUCACUUUGCUGAGCAAUGCCUGCGGAGUGGAGCCUUUGGGAAACGUCAGAAAGUUCAACAAGGAGUCCAAGCGCAAGAGCGACGUCCCUUGCCCGGCUGUGAUCUCGUCUUACAACAAGUCCAUGGGAGGCGUUGACCUCUCAGACAUGCUGAUCCAUCUGUUCAAAUCACCAGUGAAGUCCAAGCGGUGGUAUUUCCCCCUGUUUGGCUAUGUUCUUGACCUCAGCAUAUGCAACGCAUGGCUAGUGUACAAAAGGGACUGCGCCCUCCUUGGUGAAAAUCCUCUUCCUCUGAAGAGAUUUCGAUUGUCUGUUGCCAACACGCUGAAGUCGGUCAACAAACCAGCAAAGCUUGGCAGACCACUGAACAUCAGCAGCGGUCUGAGCAACAGACCAAGGCCUAGACCGUCUCAGCCCCCACCCGAUGUCCGCUAUGAUGGCUACGGUCACUGGCCUGUGUACACUCACCAGCGGGGGAGGUGCAAAUUGUGUCCCAAAGGUAUGUCACGCUGGAAGUGUACAAAAUGCUGUGGUGGACAGGUGUUCCUGUGCCUGAACAACAUGAACAACUGCUUUGCUGCGUUCCAUCAAAGGGAUUGGAUACAGAGCUAAGGUUAAAAUAGAACCCUACAGCAGAGGGAUUCCAGGUACACGUAUGGAACACGCCCACAGACUGUGAUGUCUGAACAAGAACGAGUCUCCUGUUGUGAUCGUGACUGUGAGGAUUGCAGAUGCUUCUUCAUCAGUGAGUGUGAAGUUCACGGUGCAGCUCUCAUCCCUGAUACCCCUGUUCCCACUGGGGUCACUGACCGAGACAGACAAACCCUUCCUCCCAGUCUAGAGGUUCGUCGGUCUGACAUUCCUUACGCAGGCCUGGGAGUGUUUAAUAAAGGGGAGACUAUUCCAAUUGGUGCACACUUCGGGCCCUACCGAGGAGAUCUGGUAGACCAUGAGGAAGCCUUGAACAGUGUCUACUCUUGGGUGUAUUUAAGAAUUAAGAAACGCUGAGGCGGAAGCGUCAGCCCUUGUCGUGUGAAGACUGAGCUUGUGUAAAGACCUGCGAGUCUACUUGCGCGAGUCCACCAAGCAAGGACACCGACAAGACACCACUCGCGCUGCUAAGCGCAGACCGCAGCACACUCCCAGAAAAGUACGCAACUUUGACAACCUGCACUCUCUGAAUGUGGCCUCUGCAGAUUCCCUCUCAUUCUCUAUCGGACUAUGGAACUGCCAAUCUGCCGUCAACAAGGCAAAUUUCAUUCCUGACUUUGCAACCCACUCCAACCUCAGUGUGCUGGCUCUGACUGAGACCUGGAUCCAUGCUGAGAACACUGCAGGUCAACUGGCGAAAUUCAUCGAUGAAUUUGACACGCUACUGUCCACCAUCCCGGAUGAUGAAACUCCUCUUGUGGUCCUUGGUGACUUCAACAUUCAUCUAGACAAGCCACAUGCAGCUGACUUUCUUGUUCGCCUUCCCACAUUUAACCUCAAGCAGUUCACCACACCAGCAACCCACAAAGCCGGCAAACAGCUCAACCUCAUCUUCACAUGUAAUUGCACCACACACAAUCUUCUCAUUACUCCUCUCCACACCUCUGACCGUUUCUUUAUCCAGUUCUCUAUUUCUCUCCCCUCACCCCCUUCACUGUCUUCACCCUCCAUCGCUUUUCGUCGCAGUCUUCGCUCCCUUUCUCCCUCACAUUUCUCCUCUGUUGUCACAACCUUACUUCCCUCUGAUAGCCACCUUUCCUCACUGGACUUAAACACUGCAGCUGACAUGCUAUGUUCCACCCUAACAUCUUCUCUUGACAGCAUCUGCCCCCUAACCUCCAGACCUGCUCGCACAUCACCCUCUAGCCCUUGGCUCUCAGAAGCUCUGCGUAACAACCAGACCAAACUAAGAGCAUCUGAAAGGAAAUGGUGUAAAUCUAACAAUCCAACUGACCUAACCAAUUACCAAACACUUCUCUCCGCUUUUUCCAAUAGCAUCUCUACUGCUAAAACCACAUACUACCAACAGAAGAUUGGCAGUUCUCCCAACACCUGUACUCUCUUCAAAACCUUUUCUACUCUUCCCUGUCCCCCUCCUCCCCCUUCCCCUUCCUCUCUCACUGCAGAUGACUUUUCCACUUUCUUUUCCAACAAGGUUACAUCAAUCAGGAACCAGUUCUAAAGCCCAGACAUGCAGAGACCGGCUCCUCCUCCAUAUAACUCCCAACUGACUUCCUUCUCUCCCUUCUCAGAGACUGAUGUCUCUAAACUCUCUAGCUGUCCCACAACCUAUCCUCUUGACCCUAUCCAUUCUCACCUUCUUCAGUCCAUCUCCCCCACACUAUUACCUGCACUCACUCACAUCUUUAACACAUCCCUCUCUACUGGCACAUACCCUACCUCAUUUAAGCAGGCCCGGGUUACCCCACUGCUUAAAAAACCAUCACUUAACCCUGCUGUAGUUGACAACUACAGACCUGUUUCCCUCCUCUCUUUUCUUUUCAAAACUCUUGAAAGAGCCGUUUUUUAAUCAACUCUACAAUUUUCUCACACAGAACAACCUUACUUCCCUCUGAUAGCCACUUCUCCUCACUUUACUUAAACACUGCAACAGACAUGCUAUGUUCCACCCUCACAUCAUAGGCCUGUUUCCCUCCUUCCUUUUCUUUCCAAAACUCUUGAUAGAGCCGUUUUUAAGCAACUCUAAGCAGUCUGGCUUCAAGAGCAACCACUCCACGGAGACUGCUCUGCUUUCCGUCACUGAAACCUUAUGACUAGCAGGAGCAACCUCUAUAUCAUCUGUCCUCAUCCUACUCCACCUCUCUGCUGCUUUCGACACUGUGAACCAUCAGAUCCUCCUGUCAACUCUCUCCAGCCUGGGCAUCACCAGAGCGGUUCUGCACUGGGUGGGAUCCUAUCUCUCAGAGAGAUCCUUCAAGGUGGAGGGGAGGGGCUUCUGAAACUCAGCAACUCACAACUGGCGUUCCACAGGGGUCAGUUCUGGGUCCACUGCUCUUUUCUAUUUACCCUACAUCUCUGGGGCAGGUGAUUGAGUAUCAUGGCUUCUCAUAUCAUUGCUAUGCUGAUGACAUCCAGCUCUAUUUGUCCUUCCAGCCUGACGAUCCAUCCAUCUCUGCACGUAUCUCUGCUUGCCUGUCUGACAUCUCUGGAUGAGGGAACACCACCUUAAGCUCAACCUGGCAAAAUCUGAGCUUCUUGUCAUCCCAGCCUGUCCCUCAAUCAACCAUAACCUCACUGUACAGCUCGGCUCAACCACACUCAAGCCAACCAGGACGGCCAGGAACCUCGGGGUGAUUCUCGAUGACAGCUUGACCUUUACAGACCACAUCUCAACAGCUGCAUGGUCCUGUAGGUUCAUCCUGUACAACAUCAAGAAAAUCAGACCCUACCUCACCGAACAGGCUACACAACUACUAGUCCAGACUCUUCUCAUAUCAAAACUGGACUACUGCAAUGCACUACUCUCGGGCCUCCCAGCCAGAUCCAUCAAACCCCUUCUGAUGAUUUAGAAUGCUGCAGCAUGCUUCGUCUUCAACCAGCCCAAGAGAACCCAUGUCACACCCCUCUACAUCUCCCUCCACUGGCUUCCUGUAGCCACCCGCAUCAAAUUCAAGGCCUUGAUGCUCACCUACAAGACCUUGUCUGGAACAGCGCCCCCUACCUCAACUCUCUCCUGAAGGCUUACGUUCCCUCACGCAAUCUGCAAUCAAUAAAUGACUGAUGCUUAGUAGUACCUACUCAGCGUGGCUCAAGGUCCCUUUCAAGAACAUUCAAACUAACUGUUCCUCAGUGGUGGAAUGAACUUCCAACCUCAAUCCGGACCGCAGAAUCUCUCACCAUCUUAAAAAAACAGCUAAAGACCCACCUCUUCCGUGAACACCUAACCAACCCAUUUAUUAAAAAAAUAAUAAUAACUUACUCUGGCACUUACACCUCUACUCUGCGCACUUUGCUUGUUCUGGAACUCAAUUAAUGGAUCUUGUUUAGUAGCACUACUUGUAUUGUUCUCUGCUUGAUAUAUCGCUUUGCUUGUGUUUUCUCAUUUGUAAGUCGCUUUGGAUAAAAGCGUCUGCGAAAUGAAUAAAUGUAAGAAAAAUAUUUGUUCCUAAUUAUUGCUAUAUAUUAUUUUUAUUUAGCAAAACCAUAGCAACCACAAAUAGUUUUUUUUUCUAUUUUUAUUAUGAAUUAUUUGCACUAAAACCACAGUAAUGUCAAUCUGCAUAAAUAAAACAUGGUUUCUACAUAAAAUCCAUUAUCAGAGUUAAUUUGAUGUUAUUAAGCAAUAACCACAUUCGUUAAGGUUAAAUCCAUACAGGUUCAUCUGCCAGCGAACGUUAUAAACCUAACCAAAUGUGGACCUUGUGAAGAAAUUAGUAAUAUUUAACAAUAGAGAGAUCAUUAGAUAUAUUUUACUAUAGGAAAAUUAAGAUUUAUGAAUAUAAAAUCUUAAUGAGUUUAAUGUAGGAAAGGAAAUUCUCUUCUAUCAUGUGCCCUCUUAUAUUGUGAACUGCUAUCAAAUACCUAUGAUGAAUGUAAUCAUUUAAUUACCUUGUAUUCAUUUAAUUACCUCUUUGAAUAAGCUGAUCAACUGCUAUCCUUGAUUAUAUUAUGUAUUUCCGUGUCAACAUGACACAGGACUUAUUUUGUAUCAUGACUGUGUACUGUGUGACAGUAGAAACCAUCCACGCACUGCUGUUAUCAAUGUGUACAAUGUGUAUAAAUACUUCUGUUUUGAAUGAAUAAAACAGAAGUCUCUGUGAACAUUCACGUGUCAGUGUGUGUGUUCAUUCGGACUCUUCAGACCUGUACUCUGUGAUAAACCACACUUUCUAGCUCAUAGCAGCACAGAACUAAAAGUUAAUAGAAGUUUAUGGUAAAACAGGCUAGAAGGCAUGACGGAUGAUCUGACAGGCAUAAUCUGAAAUUCCUGAGAUACUUUGAAAUCCAACAAUUUGGUGUCAGAAGUGGGAUUACGCCGGACCAGGUGAGUGCUUUUUCUUUCCUCCCUGGUGCAGUGUAAUUUCGUACCCAUAAUUAUAAUUAGAGAAGUGAGUGAUUAUCUGUCGCCGAUAAUCUGUACUCUGGUCAAUGAUCCUCUGUAACUUUAUGCCCGCCCAAUCUAAUAAUUGUAUUUUAUAUUUGUAGAAUAAUUUGUAAAACUGUCUGUGUGGUUUGCCUAAGAGAGUGUUAUAUUUGUAUUGUAGUAUUGUGUGUUAAGUAUUAUUGUGUUAUUGUGCGGUAUUAUUGUGUUAUUGUGUGGUAAACCACACUUUCUAGCUCAUAGCAGCACAGAACUAAAAGUUAAUAGAAGUUAAUGGUAAAACAGGCUGGAAGGCAUGACGGACGAUCUGACAGGCAUAAUCUGAGAUUCCUGAGAUACUUGGAAAUCCAACAAUAUAAUUUCUAACUGAAUACUCAACAAGAAAAAAAAACAUCUAGGAUAAAUAUAAUAAAAACAGCUAAUAGCUGUAGAUAGCAAAUGACAAAACUGUGAGUAAUAUUUAUCCCUGCACACUUUGACACACUACAAGCAAUAAUCCUGCCCUGUUUUAUAAUAAAUACUUGUUUAUGUUUAAACAGCUAAUAAAAAUCAGGCACUUUGGAUUGUGAUGCUAAUUCACUGAAGUUAGCAAACAUGCUAACAUCACAGGUUUCUCCUAGCUUAGAAAGCUAACUAGUGACGUCAAAUUAUUUUACAUGUCGGAGUUAAAGAGUAAAAAAAAAAAUUUUUCUAUCGGAAUGGUUUUCUGUACAUGUUUUUGGUACUUUAAAGCA